UUUGUAGAGCUAAUGUACGCUUGCUAAAAAAUCUUAUGACUUUUAGGUUAACCUUUAAAUUUUGCAAUAUAAAUAAAUAUGACCAUGAAGUGAUAUUUUUAGUGCUACUUUAGACAAAUUUACUUACGUAUUUCUACUAAAUUUGGCUGUGAUUUCUUCCAAAUUGCUCAAAGCAAAUCAUUGCACAAUGACGAAGGAAGAGGAAGACGACAAAUUGCCCGACAAACAUGCUGCCAAAGAAUUUUACGCAAAAUAUGAACCUAAAGAAAUAUUAGGAAGGGGUAUUAGUUCUACUGUAAGGAGAUGCAUUGAUAAAGAAACUGGAAAAGAAUAUGCCGCUAAAAUUAUAGAUUUAAGUACUGACAACACAGACGGAAUGUCCUUAGAGGCAACAAGACAAGAAAUAUCAAUUUUGAGAUUAGUUGCAGGACAUCCAUAUAUUAUCGAACUUCAAGAUGUAUUUGAAUCACCCACCUUCAUAUUCUUAGUAUUUGAAUUGUGUAAAAAUGGAGAAUUAUUUGAUUAUUUAACAUCUGUGGUUGCCCUUUCUGAGAAGAAAACAAGGUAUAUAAUGAAACAAAUAUUCGAGGGAGUGAGCCACAUACAUUCUAAAAAUGUUGUACAUAGAGACCUCAAACCAGAAAAUAUACUUUUAGAUGAUAAUUUAAAUGUGAAAAUAACUGAUUUUGGGUUCGCAAAACAAGUUGCACCUGGAGAGGAACUUACAGAUCUAUGUGGAACGCCCGGCUACUUAGCACCUGAGACUCUGAAAUGUAACAUGAUAGAGAAUGCUCCAGGAUACUCCUAUGAAGUAGAUGCGUGGGCAUGUGGAGUUAUUAUGUUUACCUUAUUAGUAGGUUGUCCCCCCUUUUGGCACAGAAAGCAAAUGGUUAUGUUGAGAAAUAUAAUGGAAGCAAAAUUCUCAUUUUCAUCACCAGAAUGGAAUGAUAUAUCAGAUGCACCUAAAGAUUUGAUCUGUAAAUUACUGGUAGUGGACCCUGAGAAGAGAUUAUCAAUAAAUAAAGCUUUGAAGCACCCUUUCUUCCAUACAAUGCAAUUAUUUGAUCAAGAUAUUUCUACAUUGAAAAUGUCACUUCGUAGGGACAGUAGAAGAUACAGUUUGAUUUCAGAAAUAGCUGCGAAAAUUCACCAUAGAGUAUUUGAUCCAAGACAAAAGUUUAAAUGGGCUAUUAAGGUAGUACAAGCAGUGGUACGAAUUCAAAGGCUGAAGUAUACACCUGAACCUUUAAAUGUUGAAACUGCUAAAAUAGAUCCAUAUGCGAUGAGACUAUUAAGAAAGGUUGUAGACGGUUGUGCCUUCAGAGUAUAUGGUCACUGGGUCAAGAAAGGUGAAGGCCAAAAUAGAGCAGCUCUCUUUGAGAAUUAUCCCAAAACUGAUCUUAAACAAAUUUAUGUAAACAAUUUGAAUAAUUGCACAUAGUACUAUGUGCAACUUAUUCAACUUAGAGCGGUUAAGCUUUAAAAUAAUUUAAAUUGUGAUUUUUCUGAUUGAAUAAAUAUUAAUUAAAAUUAAUUAAGAAAUAUUUGCCAUUAGUUAUUUUUGUGAUCAUUAUUUAGUUAUAAAGUUAUUUAAUUUGAA